GCGAGCUUUGGCCACUGGUUCAGAAGCUAAUGGAGAAGAAGGGAAAAUGAAGAUAAAGAAAGAGAAAGAGGGUUGGAAGAUUGAUUUCUCAGGAGAAAAGCCACCGACGCCAUUGCUGGAUACAAUCAACUAUCCACUUCAUAUGAAGAAUCUCUCUGUUCAGGAUCUUGAACAACUAGCAGCAGAGGUUAGAGCAGACAUAGUACACAGUGUAUCAAAGACAGGAGGGCAUCUGAGUGCUAGCUUAGGAGUUGUGGAGUUAACUGUGGCUCUGCACCAUGUUUUCGACACCCCUCAAGACAAAGUCAUAUGGGAUGUUGGUCAUCAGGCAUACCCACAUAAAAUUUUGACAGGGAGGAGGUCUAGGAUGCACACCAUUAGGAAAACUUCAGGGCUAGCUGGGUUUCCUAAAAGGGAUGAAAGCAUUUAUGAUGCUUUUGGUGCUGGCCAUAGUUCCACAAGCAUCUCUGCUGGUCUUGGUAUGGCAGUUGCUAGAAAUCUUUUAGGGAAGAAGAAUAAUGUUAUUUCUGUGAUUGGAGAUGGAGCAAUGACAGCAGGACAAGCAUAUGAAGCCAUGAACAAUGCAGGGUACCUUGAUGCUAACCUGAUUGUCAUAUUAAAUGACAAUAAGCAAGUCUCUUUACCCACUGCUACUCUUGAUGGCCCUGCAACUCCUGUUGGAGCCCUCAGCACUACUUUAGCCAAGCUCCAAGCUAGCCCCAAAUUCCGCAAACUCCGCCAAACAGCAAAAGGUAUCACAAAGCAAAUUGGACCUCAAGCACAUGAAGUUGCAGCCAAAGUAGACGCGUACGCAAGGGGUAUGCUUAGUGCUUCUGGUUCUACUCUCUUCGAAGAGCUCGGGUUGUAUUACAUUGGUCCAGUGGAUGGGCACAAUGUAGAAGAUUUGGUCACUAUUUUCCAGAAAGUAAAAGCAACGCCCGCACCAGGUCCAGUUCUUAUACACAUUAUAACAGAGAAAGGGAAGGGCUAUCGGCCAGCUGAGUUGGCAGCUGACAAAAUGCAUGGGGUUGUCAAGUUUGAUCCAAAAACAGGACAGCAAUUUAAGCCCAAAUCCUCUACACUUUCAUAUACCCAAUACUUUGCUGAAUCCCUAAUAAAAGAAGCCGAGGCAGAUAGCAAGAUUGUAGCCAUCCAUGCUGCGAUGGGCGGUGGGACUGGCCUCAAUUACUUCCAGAAGAAGUUUCCAAGGCGAUGUUUUGAUGUGGGAAUUGCAGAGCAACACGCUGUUACAUUCGCAGCCGGUUUAGCCACAGAGGGUCUGAAGCCAUUCUGUGCUAUCUAUUCAUCGUUCCUGCAGCGAGGCUAUGAUCAGGUGGUGCAUGAUGUAGAUCUUCAGAAACUACCCGUCCGCUUUGCAAUGGAUCGAGCUGGGUUGGUAGGUGCGGAUGGACCCACACACUGCGGAGCAUUUGAUAUCGCGUACAUGGCUUGUUUGCCUAACAUGGUGGUCAUGGCUCCAUCAGACGAAGCAGAGCUAAUGAACAUGGUUGCCACAGCAGUAGCCAUUGAUGACCGACCUAGCUGUUUCAGGUUCCCAAGGGGCAAUGGAAUUGGUGCAGUCCUCCCUCCCAAUAACAAGGGAAUACCAAUUGAGAUUGGAAAGGGAAGAAUAUUGAUGGAAGGCAAUAGAGUUGCUAUUUUGGGUUAUGGGUCAAUGGUUCAACGAUGUGUGGAAGCCGCAGGCUUGCUCAAAUCACAAAACAUCUCUGUGACAGUAGCCGAUGCAAGAUUCUGCAAACCAUUAGACGCGGAUCUUAUCAAGAGAUUGGCCAAUGAGCACGAAUUCUUAAUCACCGUGGAGGAAGGUUCCAUUGGAGGUUUCGGAUCUCAUGUGUCUCACUUUCUAAGCUUAAAUGGCAUUUUGGAUGGACCCCUAAAGUUGAGAUCAAUGGUACUUCCUGAUAGAUACAUUGACCAUGGAUCACCCCAAGAUCAGAUUGAAGAAGCAGGGCUCUCUGCCAGACAUAUCUGUGCAACAAUGUUAACGAUGUUGGGGAGGCCCAUUGAAGCUUUGAACUUCAAAUAAUUCCCUGAUAUAGUUGAGAAAAUCAUUCACAUCUCUCAUGAUUCUGGUUUGGCUUUAUGAAGAGAGAAAACUCAGAAAAAAACCCAACUCAUAGGCUUCUUAUCCUUGGUUCUAAAAGACUGAGGUCCAAGGAUCCUUCAAAUUCUUUUCCCAUUAUCCCAUUAUGACAAACAUAUCUAUUUCAAGGAUUUGAAGGCAUAAGUUGUGUUUCUGUGCA